AAUCCUCUCAACUGAAAAAAAAUGGGAAGCAGACUUGGAAAAAGAGUUGUAAACUUCGCGAAUCUUCCAAUCAAGCUCCUCAUGCCCUCAUCUUUUUCCAACAUUACCGAAAUCGCGCUCAAGACAAUCCCCUCCGCUUCCAAGAUCGAGAUAAAGAGGGUUCUGGAAUCGUUGUACGGGUUCCAGGUGGAGAAAGUACAGACGCUAAACAUGGAGGGGAAGAAGAAGAAAUACGGCGGGACAGUGAUCGCGAGGCCCGAUUACAAGAAGGCUUACGUCACGCUUCGGAGCCCGUUGUCGAUUAAUCCGGAGCUUUUCCCAAUUCCGGCGGUCGAGGAGGCGAGGAAGAGUAAGAUGAAGCAGUCGAAAUCGACUAUUGUCGAAGACCCGGAAGCUGUGAAGAAGUCUCACUGGCUCGAUUCUGCGGGGGAUAAACGCAGGUAUAAGACGCCGGAGGGGCGUACGUUUGGGCGGCGGGGUAAGAGCGUCGAUCAGAAGGCGGCCGCUGGAGCUCAGGCAAAGUUUCCCUGGAGCAGCAUGACCUCUUUUGGGAGGAGGUAAUGGCGUUUCAUAGAUCUAGAAGGUUUAGUAUAUGGGCUUCUUUCUUCUAUUGUUUGGCGGAAUUUUUCUAUGGGGUUUUAGAAUCUUGCUGAUCGAUUUUUCCGCUUUUGUUUCCUUCAUUUCUGACGAAUAUGAACUCCUGGAUUCUGUUUUGAUAUGUAAUAGGGUUCAUGAAAUAAUUUUCAGUUGUCUCAAA